GAGAGGUUUUCUUUCUUCUCUCUGCCCUGGGCGGGGCAUUGAAUGCGCAGAUCUACACGUCCUUGGCGCUGGCAGCGAAGAACAGGAGGCACUGGCUAUGGAUCUCGAGCAAAUCACUGCUGCUGGAUCGAGAAAAAGCUGCAAGGUACUACUGCUUGGCUGUGAUUCGUGCUAGCCGCUGCGCCGGUCACGCGUUCCAGCGUUCCAAUCCAUGGCCGCCGUUCCCGUCGUCGUCAUCUAGAGGCGAGAUUCGUGCGAGAUUGGUGAUUUUGGGGUUUCUGGGGCCGCGAAUCCUCUCAGCCAUGCCGGAUUGGCACGAGAAUUUCGAGAACAAGCACUGCCGGAUGCUCUCGGCGCCGCUCAUGAUCUUCCUCGUCGAUCCCUUCGACAGCCUGCCGGAUUCUCUGCUGCUGCUCAUCUUCAACAAGGUAUCGGACGUGAAAUCGCUGGGGCGGUGCUGCGCGGUCUCUAAGAGGUUCUAUUCUCUCGCUAGAACGGUGGAUAAUGUGGUGGUAAAGGUGGACUGUGUGAUCUCCGGGGACGAGGCUGGCCAUCUAAGCGCUCGAGGCAAAGGCUUCUUUGGUCACUUGCUAAAAUUCUUUGGGAGUAUGGUCCGGCCACUCCAAGCUCUUCAACACUUGCUAGUCCCAAAGAGAGCUUUGGUUGCUUCCACCUCCGCCGCAACCACUGCCGCCGCCGACGUCUCACACCACUCUCCCGGGGAAGUCCUCAAGAACUUUAGAGACUUGGAGCACUUGAGAAUCGAGCUCCCGGGUGGCGAGCUCGAGAUCGAGGAUGGUUUUCUGCUCAAGUGGAAGGCCAGGUAUGGGAGCACUCUCGAGAGCUGCGUCAUCCUGGGUGCCUCGGCGCUGAUCAACAGCGGCGAUCAAAGUAGUAGCAGGAAGAACUCGACCAGGACGUCGUCCUCCUGGCUAAGUAGUGCUGCUCAAAGGAGAAGCUCCGACACGCAGAGCUCGUCGCCACCACCACCACCACCAGCAGCGGCGGAAGACGAUGGAAACCUUCCAGACGCCGACGGUGGCUUCAAGCUCCGGGUGGUGUGGACGAUAAGCUCGCUCAUCGCUGCGUCGGGGCGACACUAUCUCCUCCAGAACAUCAUCAAGACCAAGGAUUCUUCCAAGGGGAAGUUGCGCCAAGAACCAAAGGUAGAUUAUUCCGUGCUAGAUUCUCUCUUCCUCUUCAUUCCCAACUUGUUUGAAAGCCUGUUUGAUCGAUUCGACAUGAUUCCUCCAUAUCCUGGGCGAAAGUGGUGUUCGUGGUGGUGUUAG